CCGCGGGGACGGGGUGUUGGUGCCAGAAGUGGGGUGUCGGUGACGGUCCUGGGGUGUCAGUGCUGGUGACAGGGUGUCGGUGCCGUUGUCGGUGCCAGUGCCGGGCUAUCGGUGGCUGUGAGUGCCGGUGAGGAGAUGUCGGUGCUGGCUUAUCGGUGACGGUGCUGGUGACAUUGUGUUGGUGCCGGUGACAGGGCGUCGGUGCCCGUGACGAUGUAUCGGUGCCAGUGCCAGGGUGUCAGUGCCGGUGACAUGGUGUUGGUGACAGUGUCAGUGCUGGUGCUGGGAUGCCAGUGCUGGUGACAGGGUGUUGGUGACAGUGCCGGGGUGUCAGUGACAGUGUUGGUGCCGGUGCUGGUGGGGUGUGGCUGAGGUGGGGGGCUGGUGCCAGUGUCACCCCGACACUGUCCCCCAGCAGGACGGUGACAAUGGCGUCAGACGAGCGGCUGGCCCGCUUCCGCCAGGCCCACCUUAACCCCUUCAACAAGACCCCUGAGCAGCCAGAGCGCCCCGAUGAAGAAUCCCCUGUCCCAGCCCAGCAGCCGGAUCCCACCCCAGGGGACCCUGAGGGCGCCCUGGACCUGGGGCUGGCCGAGGACCACUUCUCCCGCCCUGUGGGGCUGAUCCUGGCAUCGGACGUGCCACAGCUGCGCCAGGCCAUUGAGGAGUGCAAGCGGGUGAUCCUGGCACUGCCCGAGCACUCGGAGCGGCAGAAGGACGCCGUGGUCCGGCUCAUCCACCUCCGCCUCAAGCUGCAGGAGCUGAAGGACCCCAGCGAGGACGAGCCCAACAUCCGGGUGGUCCUGGAACAUCGCUUCUACAAGGAGAAGAGCAAGAGCGUCAAGCAGAUGUGUGACAAGUGCAGCACCAUCAUCUGGGGGCUCAUCCAGACCUGGUACACCUGCACAGGCUGCUACUACCGGUGCCACAGCAAGUGCCUGCCACUGGUGAGCCGGCCAUGCGUGCGGGCCCAGGUGAGCCACCGCGCCGAGUACCAGCUCAGCAUCUGCCCCGAGAGCGGGCUGGACAGCCAGGACUACCGCUGUGCCGAGUGCCGUGCCCCCAUCUCCCUCCGGGGGGUGCCCAGCGAGGCUCGACAGUGCGACUACACCGGCCUCUACUACUGCUCCAGUUGCCACUGGAACGACCUGGCUGUGGUGCCCGCCCGUGCCAUCCACAACUGGGACUUCGAGCCCCGCAAGGUGUCACGGUGCAGUAUGAGGUACCUGGCACUGAUGGUGUCACGGCCGGUGCUGAAGCUGCGGGAGAUCAACCCACUGCUGUUCAACUACGUGGAGGAGCUGGUGGAGAUCCGAAAGCUGCGCCAGGACAUCCUGCUGAUGAAGCCCUACUUCAUCACCUGCAAGGAGGCGAUGGAGGCACGGCUGCUGCUGCAGGACCUGAUCGACAUUGAGGCCGGGCGCCUGGGCUGCUCCCUCACCGAGAUCCACACACUCUUUGCCAAGCACAUCAAGCUGGACUGCGAACGCUGCCAGGCCAAGGGAUUCGUGUGUGAGCUGUGCCGGGAGGGUGACGUGCUAUUCCCCUUCGACAGCCACACCUCGGUCUGUGCCGACUGCUCUGCCGUGUUCCACAGGGACUGCUACUAUGACAAUUCCACCACCUGUCCCCGGUGUGCCCGGCUGAGCCUGCGGAAGCAAUCCCUGUUCCAAGACUCCGGCACGGAGGGAGAGCCCUGAGGAGGGUUUGACCUCACGGAGGGGCUCAGCCCCACAGCUGUUCCCCACCCACUACAGGACCCUGGGACAGAUACAGUCAGCUCCGUGCCGGUUUGGGUACUGGGGUGGCUCUGGCUCCGGGACCCUCUGCCUGUGGGAACGGCAGUGCUGCCAGGGGGCACAGCUGGACCCCAGCUGUUCCUGGGAAAAUGGGGACCCCUGCCGGAGGAGCCGGGAUCUGGUUAACUGGGAUCCGGUUAAGGCGCCACAGCGGCUCCUGCCGUCCCUAUGUGGAACCGGGGUGCGGGCAGGGAUGGGGUGCAGGCAGGGACCGGUGCUCCGUUGUCGCGGGGCAGUGGGUGCUGCCAGGAGGGCUAGCCCCGGGACCGGACAGAGCCCACACCCAAACACUACAGGGAUCCGAUCUCCCCCCAGCACCGCCGUUAACGGGGCCGAACCCCAAGGAAGUUGCGGGGUAGGGGAGACCGGGCGCGGCGCGGGGCCGGUGUCUCCCCCUUCCCUCCCAGUGUUUCCUGUAGCAUUAACGAGCCUCUUUACGCAA